AGCAAAUUGAUUGAUAGAACUCUGAUUAUGUAACUGAUAAGCCCUAGGGUUACUCACUCGGGUAACCUAUUAGGAGCAUAAGGAAGCCGGUUUUUGCCUAGCUUCUCAUCAAAUUACUAGCUAAGUCCCUCGACCCUUCUACGUGAUUCUGACAAGUCAACUGAAGAUUAUCAACCUUCAGAAUGGGUCUUGUUGGAGCACUGAUACACUUGAUAUUAUCUAUCCAUUAUGGGUACGGGAUCCAUGUUUACCUAUUUGGGCUACAUCCCCCUGAGGAAUUUUUGAAACAUAGAGUUCCAUUUGGAGGACCCUUCAAGUAUCUUACUUUUUGGGAUAUGCUAAUCCAGUUUGCUUACUUCACAUUGGCAUUCAUCAAUGACAUAGCUGGUUCCAACACUGCAGUAUACAAAAACCAAACAAAGCUUCAGAGGCUUCGAGAUUUUGCAUUCAGCACAGUGGUUUUUGCCUGUGGUGUGUUUGUUACGGUAUCUUUUUGGGGGAUUUACAAUAUUGACAGAAACCUGAUAUUCCCGCCUAUUUUUGACUCUUGGUUUCCCUCUUGGCUGAACCACAAUAUUCACACAACACCCUUAAUUGGAGUUUCACUCGAACUUUACAUGGUUCCUCACAGCUUCCCAAAACGUCAGACAGGGUUGUUUGCUGUAGCUCUAUUUUAUUUGACAUAUCUUGUCUGGGUGUGUUAUAUUGCAUAUGCAAGUGGCCACUGGGUGUAUCCAAUUCUUGCACAUUUACCAGUAAGGAAACGUGUAGUGUUUAUAUCAUUAAUGUCUGUUUUAGCAAGUAGUUUAUUUUAUAUUCUUGGAGAAGGUAUGAACAACAGAAUAUGGGGUACUCAGAUUAAAGCACAUAAAAUGGACUAAUUCUUUUAAGGUAGAGGAUGAAUGAGAAAAGUUACAGAAAAAGUGGUAUUUAUACCAAGAGGUCACAGGUUAGCGUUAAGUCACCCCAGUUGACAAUUUCUCAUUAAUCUUCUUAAUUGCUGGUUGGAGGAAGAUUUUAUCUAUAGUAUCUGAAUUCCACACAUCCUUUUAGAUGUUUAUUAUGUUUCUUUCUUUAAUCAAAGCUGAUUCUACCAUCUGGCUUUUCAACUGACAAUAGCUGCUAUGAAUUAUACAUGAAAAAUUCCAGUUUAUUCUGUGAUUAUGGUUAUUUAUGGUUAAAAAUAGCUGAGCUCUGUGGUCCAUACCUAACUGCACACUUAUGGUGCUUUAAUCUGUGGGGGAGUGAUUUUCCUUUAAAGCCCAUGUAAAAUUGAUCGCAGUCAAAGCAAGGGAUUUCAUAUACUACUCUUGUGUCUUUGGAGGUUGGCUUUUGUUGAAUGUUAAUCAGGGAUUUGGCUAAAGUACUUGGAUAGGUAAAAGCAAAGUGGUUAGAGUUUCAGAGUGUCUGUUAAUUUCUUAAUCCUGUCCAGGUGUGGAGUUUUGAUUUUUAUUUUGUUGUUUGGGAAAUACUGGGUGAGUAUUUACUAUUUUUAUGCAAAAAAAAAUUAAUAUCAAUAUUAUAUAGUAUACACAUGUAAACAAGGAAAGAUAAUCUGAUUUUAAAAAUCAUGUUACACAUAUUGUUUCUGGCUUAACACAGGUGUGUAAUUAAAGAUGCAGUUCUGCUGUCAUUUAUCGUUAUCAGUAGCUUAUCCAUUCCAUUUUUGUGAAUACAAUACGUACUAGUAAAUAUCCAAACCUCAUGGUAGAAAAUAAUGUAUUAAAACCAACAGUAAAAUUAAGCAUGAGCUUCAUUUUACUGUUGGUUAAUAAUACAUUAUUGAUAAUACAUUAUUUUUAACAGCUGAAGCCCAUUCGACUUAUUUAUGAUAGUGUUUAUUGAAAAUAAAAAUCUCAAGUAAGUAUAUUGGUUUGAGGUUGGCAUCGUGAAACAGAUUAUGAUCCCUCUUCUUUACAUAAUUUUGGUGUGGAUUGAAGUACAUUUUUUGAUAAUUGUUAUUGGGACCACAAGUAUUUUGGCCACACCCAUUAAGUAGUAAUGACACCUUUUCUAAUGUAUGUUGUCACAGUGCAGUACGUGUUCACCAGUACCAUUGGACUGUUCAACUUAUUGCUGUACCAAAAGUUUCAUUACAAUGCAUGUACAAUAAACCCACGACUUAUUCUUGGAUUAUGUCCCUCAGGUAGCCAAUAGAAUAAAUAUAAUUGUUAAUAUAAGGUUAUAUAUUCAAAUACUCAUGUGGCCAUUAGAGGAAGAACGUUAUUUGUAGCUUGAAUUACCUUACUCAAGGAAAUCUGAGAGUUAGGGUAUACCAUGUGGUAUAGUUAUUGUAUGUUAGUAGCAGAUAGUCAUUUUAUAUUUUUUUUAAUAAUUUUGUAAACUUAUAUUUUGUUUCCAUUAAAUUCUUGUAUCCCUGACUUCUAUAUUUUACAAAUUCUUUUCCAGUGUAUUGAAACCAAAAGUACAGAGUGCCACAUAUAUUCUGAAGUAAUGGCUGAUCUUUGUAUGAAUUCCAGUGGUUAGGAUGCAGAUCAAAAAUGUCUAUAGAGAUGAAAAAUUUUGGUGAAAUUUACUACUUCAUUGACAGUGGCAAAAAGCAUAGCCAUGUGAAAGAAAUUCCUGCUAGUCCUAUGUAUACAGUACAUUUAAAGUAUUAAAAUUCUAUUACUGUCUUUAAACAAUGUUAGCAACAUCUGUUGUGUACUAGAUGUAGUUCAUGAUUUCUUGACUUGAUAUUUGUAUUGUAGUUUCUAAUGUGUAUACAAUAUUGUAGUUUCUAGUAGUAUACACUGAAAAAAGUAGAGAGCAUAAAUAUUAGAUUUUAAUAGGUUAAAUCCUAUGUGAAAUAUAUAUUAUAAACAUUGUUUCAUAAGUAGAGUACAGUAUCUGUAAAUAUUAGAUUUUAUUUGGUUAAAUCCUUUGAAAUACAGUACACUCUAA